AACUACCAUCUCUAGCAAAGAGGCGUAAACACAUUUUUUGUAAACAAACAAGAAUUUGGUAAAUAUUUUGUGUGAUGGACCUAGCAGAUGUCUCUACAGAAGAUGAGGAUGUCUUCCAUUUUGAGACCGAGCACCUGGCGCUACGUGGCAACCAGUGCUAUGCCAAUCUGCUGCGCACUUUGGCCGUGCUCCAGGCACAAAGGAUUCGGGUGCAUCAGCAGAUUGAUGAACUGGAAGCCACCCAAAAUAUAUACUUGGAGAAUCCGCAGCAGAUGCUGGACAAACUGCGGAACAACGAGCCCUUGAUAUCGGAUAACUACAUCACCACGGCCGUUUUACCGGACUUGCCAACUUUGUCGCCCAAUGACGAGGAAAGGGCACCAAAUGAGACACCAACGUAUGCGUCCUCGUGGACGCAAGAGACGAACAAGAAUCGGGACAGGAGCAAUGGGCGAUCGGAGAACUUCAAUCGUUUGUGGACCAACGAAGAGCAACGUCGCUUGGAACAGCUGCUCAUCCAGUAUCCCCCAGAGGAAGUGGAAAUGCGCAGAUUCGCCAAAAUAGCAAAGGAAUUGGGCAACAGAACGGCACAGCAGGUGUUCAGCCGUGUCCAGAAGUAUUUCCAGAAGCUGCACGAUGCUGGCAUGCCGGUGCCCGGCCGCAUACCUAAGCAUCGCCGUCCGGGCUUGAGUAAGCCGAAGAUAAACCUUCGCAAGUCAACAUUCUUUCCCGCUCAGAAUAUAUCGCUACAAAUGCCAGAGGACGAUUUCACAUUUGAUGACCUGCGAGUCCCAUCGCCUGCGAGCGAUAUGCUUCUUAUGCCAGCAACCUCACAAGUCAAGAUCGAACCAAAGACCGAAUCCGAAUACAUGGAUGCCGAUCUGAAUGCGGAGGCCAAGCGAAAGCAGGAACUAUGCCUUAAGCUUCUAUCAGCCAUUCAGGACGAGAAACGGGAGAUCGAGGACGGGUAUGAGCCAGACUUCCUGGCAGCCAAGUGUGCCGAGUGCGAAGAGGCAUCUGUGACCCGGACACAAUGGCGUUGUAACAGUUGUUAUUGUCACCUGAAUCUGUGCGGAGAUUGCCUGGCCAGUCAGCUUAUCGAAGGGCGAUUCGAGCACUUGAGUCAUGAAGUUGUAGUGGACCAAGAGUCAUGAUGCACACCAAAAUUGUAUUUACUUGAGUACUACUUAAUAUUAAAUAGGAGCAUACUUUUUAAA